UUUAUACAUUAUGACCUCAUUCACAAUGACAACUUUUCUGAGUUGAUGUUGUCAAUACACUGUGUCGCUCUUCACAUCGCAUUGAUAUGGUGGCCAAAGUUCUCGGAUAUGUGGAUUACAUUGUGUUCGGCGCCUCUCUGCUAAUAUCCUUGGCAGUUGGAGUCUAUUACUCCCGUUCUGGCGGGAAACAACGGUCCGUGGAGGAGUACCUGAUGGGAAACCGUCGCAUCACGUGUCUUCCGAUAGCCUUGUCUCUGCUGGUAACAUUUCAGUCUGGCAUCAGUCUUCUGGGACUUCCGGUGGAGAUAUAUUACUAUGGAACACAGAUCUACCUGGGGAUCGUGGGUAUGGUUAUAGGGUACACCAUUGUAGCUGCCUUCAUUGUGCCCGUUCUAUAUCCUCUUCAGAUCACGAGUGUAUACGAGUACCUAGAAAUGAGGUUUCAGUCAAGAGUCGUCAGACUGGUGGGUUGCGUCUUGGGACUUUUAUUUACUAUGACGUAUAUGGCAGUUUGUCUAUUCCUUCCAGGCCUGGCUAUGGAGUCCGUGACAGGUUUUCCUAAGUGGGUGUCUAUAUGUGUGGUGGCGGUAGUCGUGGUUAUUUACACCAUGCUGGGUGGGAUAAAAGCCGUGGUUUGGACCGAUGUUAUUCAAUUCAUCGUUAUGUUGGCCGGUAUUCUGACACUUAUAAUCAAGGUCUGUUAUCAAAGAGAUGUAGCAGAAGUUUGGAAAACGGCCCGUGAUGAGGACAGAUUGCAGUUCUUAAAUUUCGAUCCUGAUCCAACGAAUAGACAAACAUUUUGGGCAGUUACCAUAGGGACCAUUACCACGUGGAUAGGAAAUGCUUUGAGCCAAUCAGGAAUCCAAAGGAUAUGCGCAACCGAAUCAGUAGGAGAAGCAAGAAAGUCUGUGAUAUUUAAUUUGCCGGCAGCCGUUUUGUACGAGACUCUGGUCACGUUUUUAGGUAUCGCCAUCUUCACCUACUACUCAAUGGCCAAAUGUGAUUUACAGACCGCGGGGCUCGUCCAAAGUUCAAACGAGAUUGUGCCGUAUUUUAUGAUGGAACAGCUGUCGGAAAUACCCGGAUUGGCUGGCCUCUUUCUGGCAUGCCUCUUCAGUGCCACUUUAAGCACCCUGUCAUCCGGUCUAAGUGCCAUCUCUGCCCUCAUUUGGGAGGACAUUAUACAGCCUCAUUUCCAGUGUUUUUCCCUACGGCAAGGUUCCAUUGUCACCAGAACCACAGUUCCUGUUUCCGGUAUCGUCAUCGUUGGAAUGUCAUUUCUCGCGAUGAGUUUACCUGGGACGAUAACACAGAUUACAAUGGGGACUUUGUCUGCAUCAUCCGGACCUCUGGUGGGGGUUUACCUGUUAGGGAUGAUGUUUCCAUGGGCAACGGCCAAGUCCGCCAUUGUGUCCGGGGUACUGGGGUUUUCCCUCUGUCUCUCAAUGACGAUCGGAUCUAAUCUAUACCCUGCAAAUUACCCAAAGCUCCCACCUGUACCUACAUACGGAUGUCCUGGCCUGAAUUCUACUCUCACUGAACCGAAUAAUAUCACCUUUCUUCCUGUUAAUGCCACGAGUACGAGGGACUUUGAUCGCAGGCUUAUUGAUGACAAAGCACUUCCUUUUUAUGCUGAGAAUUCUACAUUGGUUCCAGCCGAUGGACAAAGUAAAGAUGAUGUCACACCUUGGUUGUUUCGUGUUUCUUUUCUAUGGUACCACGUGAGUGGUGUCGUCACUACCCUCUUUAUUGGAGUCGCUCUGUCUAUUCUAACAGGUGGACUUAAUGACCUGCCAUGCGAAGAGAGAUUUGUCUUCCUGUUUGUCAGAAAUCUUAGAUGCUACCAAAAGCAAUUGAAUAUAAACAGAUCGUUGGCCCACUACUCGGUAUUUAGGGCGUCCUUCCGGUCGAAAGACGACAGCGAAAACCGCGCGUCUUUCCGAUCUACAGAAAAAUACAAAAAUGGGGCGCAAAGCAGAUCUGCACGACUAUAGUGGACUUGGAAAAAGAAAAUCAUUCUACUUACCGGAUGAGGACUGAUCUGUUGGUUUUGUCAGAACAACUGUAAAUUAAAUAUAGAUAUAUUUGUAAAAUUUAAAAAAAAAUUCUUUCUUUC